GCCCCCCUUUGCAGGCUCUUGCAGCCAACACUGGAACAGGAUUUGCUGUCGCCGAGCCUCAGAUUGCAAUGUUUUGUGGAAAGUUAAAUAUGCAUGUGAACAUUCAGACUGGGGAAUGGGAACCUGACCCUACCGGCACCAAGAGCUGCUUUGGGACAAAAGAAGAAGUCUUUCAGUACUGUCAGGAGAUGUAUCCAGAGCUACAGAUCACCAACGUGAUGGAAGCCAACCAGCCGGCCAGCGUGGACAACUGGUGCCGGAGGGACAAAAAGGAGUGCAAGAGCCACAUGGUGGUUCCGUUCAAGUGUCUUGUGGGUGAGUUUGUGAGCGACGUUCUGCUGGUCCCGGAAAAGUGCCAGUUUUUCCACAAAGAGCGGAUGGACGUGUGUGAGAAUCACCAGCACUGGCACACGGUGGUCACGGAGGCCUGCCUGGCGCAGGGGACGGCCCUGUACAGCUACGGCAUGUUGCUGCCCUGCGGCGUGGACCAGUUCCACGGCACCGAGUACGUGUGCUGCCCCCAGACCAAGGCCCGUGAGCCCGCGGUGUCCGAGGAGGAGGAGGGAGAGGAGGGAGAGGAGGAGGAGGAGGAAGAGGAAGAGGAGGAAGACUACGACGUUUACAAAAGUGAAUUCCCGACCGAGGCCGAUCUGGAGGACUUCACAGAAGCCGCUGUGGGUGGGGACGGCGAGGAUGACGGCCAGGAGGCGGUGGAGGACCGUGACUACUACUACGACACCUUUAGGGGACAGGACUACGACCAAGAGAGCCCGGCAGAACCCCGCCGCGACGGGGCCGUGUCAGAAAAGGGAAUUACCCACGACGUUAAAGCUGUCUGCUCCCAGGACGCGAUGACGGGGCCCUGCCGGGCCGUGAUGCCCCGGUGGUACUUCGACCUCGCCAAGGGAAAGUGCGUGCGCUUUAUAUAUGGCGGCUGCGGAGGCAACAGGAACAAUUUUGAGUCUGAGGAUUAUUGUAUGGCUGUGUGUAAAACCAUGAUUCCCCCAACUCCUCUGCCAACCAAUGACGUCGACGUGUAUUUCGAGACCUCUGCAGAUGACAACGAACACGCCCGCUUCCAAAAGGCGAAGGAGCAGCUGGAAAUUCGGCACCGCAACCGGAUGGAUAGGGUGAAGAAAGAAUGGGAAGAGGCCGAGCUUCAAGCAAAGAACCUGCCUAAAGCAGAGAGGCAGACUCUGAUCCAGCACUUCCAAACUAUGGUGAAAGCUUUAGAGAAAGAAGCAGCCAGCGAGAAGCAGCAGCUGGUGGAAACCCACCUGGCUCGAGUGGAAGCCAUGCUGAACGACCGCCGCCGCAUGGCCUUGGAGAACUACCUGGCCGCCUUGCAGUCGGACCCGCCGCGGCCUCAUCGCAUUCUCCAGGCCUUGCGGCGUUAUGUCCGUGCUGAGAACAAAGACCGCCUGCAUACCAUCCGUCAUUACCAGCAUGUGUUGGCUGUGGACCCGGAAAAGGCGGCCCAGAUGAAGUCCCAGGUGAUGACACAUCUCCACGUGAUUGAAGAAAGAAGGAACCAAAGCCUCUCUCUGCUCUACAAAGUACCUUAUGUAGCCCAGGAAAUCCAAGAGGAAAUUGACGAGCUGCUUCAGGAACAGCGUGCAGACAUGGACCAGUUCACAGCCUCGAUCUCAGAGACCCCCGUGGACGUCCGGGUGAGCUCUGAAGAAAGCGAUGAGAUCCCGCCAUUCCACCCCUUCCAUCCCUUCCCGUCCUUACCUGAGAGUGAAGACACCCAGCCGGAGUUGUACCACCCAAUGAAAAAAGGCUCGGGGCUGGGCGAGCAGGACGGAGGGCUGAUCGGCGCCGAGGAGAAGGUGAUCAACAGCAAGAAUAAAGCGGAUGAAAACAUGGUCAUUGACGAGACUCUGGAUGUGAAGGAAAUGAUUUUCAAUUCUGAGAGAGUUGGAGGCCUUGAGGAAGAGCCGGAAUCUGUGGGGCCGCUGCGAGAGGACUUCAGCCUGAGCAGCAGCGCCCUCAUCGGCCUGUUGGUCAUUGCCGUGGCCAUUGCCACCGUCAUUGUCAUCAGCCUGGUGAUGCUGAGGAAGAGGCAGUAUGGCACCAUUAGCCACGGCAUCGUGGAAGUCGACCCAAUGCUCACCCCCGAAGAGCGUCACCUGAACAAGAUGCAGAACCAUGGUUAUGAAAACCCGACCUACAAGUAUCUUGAGCAGAUGCAGGUUUAAGUGGGAGAAGGUGCAUGUCCCCCCCAUUGGAGGGGGGUGCAGGUGGGCCAGAAGGUCCAGUGAGUUGAAUCGACUGCUGACCAACAGAUACUUCCAGAGGAUUGCAUCUUACAUUCAGACCUCUUGGAUCAUUAAGACUAUAAAGUACUACUGUAGGAUCACAAUUUCCAUUCUUUUAAAUGGGUGAAAAAAUGUUAAUAUAACAAUAUAUGAUAUAUAAACCUUAAAUGAAAUGAGAAAAUGAUCUAUUGCAGAUAUUUGACUGAUGUAGUUUUCUUUUUUAAAUUAAUCAGGCAUCCCACUUCUAUUGUAUUGUCUCACACAUGCUCUCCGUAGACAUGGAAAUGUUGAUUUGCAAUGACAGACUGUAUGCAGGUCGUUUGUCCCGGUUGCAUUGUAUAAAUCAACUAAGGCGCAUUCACUGUCCUGACUCUUAUGUUUUAUAAAGGCAGUAUUUCCUUUUUAAAUGAGCUUCAGGAAGUUGCUGAGAAACUAAGUGAAAUAGGGAACUGUAAGACCAUUGAAGCACAUCUGAUCCCCUCUCAAAAUUAUUUUAUAGGACCAGUUUCUUGGGAGUCUGGUGUUCCCACUGCUGGGUUCCUUGGUGUCUCCACACAAGUCCUGUCACCAAGGUGGUUAAAAGCAUUUGCGUUCCAGCAUCUUUUAGCGAGCCUACUGUAUACAGAAUAGGGCGUCCACUACUGCUUUCCUUCAAAAUCCAGUUCUUCCACGGAUAGUAGCCUGUAGUUUGUACAUGACCUUCACUGUCCACCGUUUACUUACCAUAGCUUUUUACAGCUCACUCCCUCCCAAGUAAUGUCCGAAUGUGCUGUCUUUACCUCCUUGGACAUUUCCCUCUGAAGGCACUGACCCCGUCCCUCCCGCUGUACCUUGGCUUCCCCCUCUCCUCCCGUCACCAGCUUGGUGGUGUUCUCUCGGAAGACGACAGCCGCAGGUGGCGGUGGCCCGGGAGACCGUGGAGGUUUGCUCUGUGUGGAAGGAGGCUGUUGAGAGGGCCUGCAGACACCAUGCAAGGUGGUGAGGGUUCCGUUCCCUUCACGCGAGUCUCUGUAAUGCUUGUAUAGUUGAUGUUGAUGCUCACAGCUUUCUCUUUUUUUAUUCUGAAGGUUCUGGUAACCUGUGGUGUAUUUUUUUUCUAUUUCCCCGUGACUGUUUUUUUGUUUUUGUUUUUUUUUCUUUCCUCCCUUUUCCAUGUCUCUUUCCACUAUGCACAGAUAAACUUCACCUACAGACUCCUUAAUCUGAUCUGUGGAGAAUGUACAGUUUAAACACAUCAAUAAAUACUUUAACUUCCA